AUGAUCACGGACGUGCAGCUCGCCAUCUUUGCCAACAUGUUGGGCGUCUCGCUCUUCCUCCUGGUCGUGCUGUACCACUACGUGGCCGUGAACAACCCCAAGAAGCAGGAGUGAGGAGACCCCCGGAAAGCCCUGGCAGCGCCCGCCCUCCGUCCCUCUGUCCCUCCGCGCUGCACGCGAUGCCCCGGCCGCGCUGGGCGCGGGGCCCCGGAAUUCGCGAGGCCGAGCUUAUUCCAAACCAGUUUUAAAGGAAACACGAUGAUACAAGAC